AUGCAGGCGCGGAAGGGUCAACUGGUAGCCAUUGUCGGGCAGGUGGGCAGCGGCAAGUCCUCGCUCAUCAGCGCCCUCCUCGGCGACAUGCACAAGCUGGGCGGGGUGGUAAAGAUCAACCGCUCCAUCGCCUACGUCGCCCAGCAGGCGUGGAUUCAGAACGCCACCGUGCGCGAGAACAUUCUCUUUCUGAACCGGUACGACGAGGAGAAGUACCGCGCCGUGGUGGACGCCUGCGCCCUCGCGCCCGACCUGGCCAUCCUCCCGGCGGGCGACCAGACGGAGAUCGGCGAGAAGGGCAUCACCCUGUCGGGCGGGCAGAAGCAGCGCAUUGCCAUCGCCCGAGCGGCUUACACUGCAGCGUCACUUUAUCUGCUGGAUGACCCACUGUCGGCGCUGGACGCCCACGUCAGUCGGCACAUCUUCGACCGGGUGAUCGGGCCGAAGGGCAUGCUGCGCACGGCGACGCGCAUCCUGGUGACGCACCGCAUGGCAGUGCUCAGCCAGUGCGACUACAUCUACGUCAUGAAGAAGGGACGGGUAGUGGAGUCGGGCACCUUUGCGCAGCUUCUCGCCGCCAGGGGGCGCGAGGGCGGCGGCGGCGGCGGCAGCUUCUCCGAGCUGCUCACCAACUACCUGGUCGCCCAUGAGGAGCACACCGGUGCCUCCUCCUCUUCAGAGGAAGAAGAAGGAGGAGUUUUUGGUGAGGCAAAUCCAAGACACAGCUUUACCGGCAGCUUUGAGGGUGAUGAGAGCGACCAAGAAGACCUGGAGACAGCGCGGCGGAAAGUGCUGGCCGAGGAUGACAUCGACGAGACGGAGCUUUUCAUCAACUCCGUCUUCAAGGAGAUCGACGAGUUGUCGGUGGGCGGCGGCGAGGAGGGGGAGGUCUAUCUGCCUGAUCAUCACCAGCUAAAGCCGAAGGCCAAUCGCGUGGUGUCCUUUCUGGAGCUGUCACAACCGCCUAGCGGCCAGAGCUCUCUGGCCAGCUCCGUUCCGUCGUCGGUGUCGAGCCGAGCCUCUGCGCGCAGCACCUCCUCCACGAAAGCCAUCUACCCAAAGGAACUGGCCAACACGACUCAGAUCCAGCCCGAGGGCCGGGUGACGUUGCACCAGAACACCACGGUGGAGCAGUCCACGGGCAGCUCCUCAGUGACCAUGUCCGCCUACGGCAAGUACUUCAAGCGGCUGGGACUGCUCGCCUGCGCCUUCAUACUGCUCUCACAGUGCGCCCAGCUACUGUGCAACAUCGCCGCCGCCCAGUGGCUGUCCCGGUGGUCGGAAGAGCAGCUGGUUAACAGCGGUCAUAAGCCGGAGGUGCCCGCGGACGACAACUACUCGACCAACCUGCGCAACCUCGCCGUGUACACUGUCCUCGGCCUGGGGGAGUGCUUUUUCACGCUCUUCACGACGCUGGUGAUCAGCUUUUCAACGCUGAAGGCUGCCAAGCUGCUUCACGCCGACAUGCUGUCAAGAAUACUUCGCGCCCCGAUGUCCUUCUUCGACACGAAUCCCAUCGGUCGCAUUCUGAACCGCUUCUCGCGUGACAUCGACAUCUGCGACACCAUUCUCAAUAUGAACCUGCGCAUUGCCCUCUUCACCGCCUUCCGCACCGUCGCCGCCAUCCUCAUCAUCGCCAUCGACACGCCCCCAGUCCUGGGGGCGGUCCUCCCCCUGGCCAUCUUCUACUUCGUCAUCCAGCGGAUGUUCCUGCCCACCUCGCGGCAGCUGCGCCGCAUCGAGUCCACCACUCGGUCGCCCAUCUACUCGCACUUUGACGAAUCGCUCUCCGGCUCGUCGACCAUCCGCGCCUUCGGCAAGCAGUCCGCCUUCAUCAUCGAGUCCAACCGGCGCAUCGACCAGAACCACGUGGCCAGCUGGGCCAUCAACGGCUGCACGCAGUGGAUCAUCACCCGCCUCGAAUUUCUCGGCUACAUGGUCGUCUUCGCCAACGCCCUCUACUGUCUAAUUAACCGGGAGAACAUCCAGGCGAGCAUCACCGGCCUGACGCUCACCUACUCGAUGACUAUCACGCGUAAUCUGAAUCACUUCAUUAUGGUCACCUCGGAGCUGGAGAACAGCGUCGUCUCAUUUGAGCGCUGUUUGGAGUACUGCAAGAUGACCACGGAGGCUGACUACUACAAGGAUGAACAGGAUCCACCUGAAGCCCAACCCAAAUCAACUGAUCAAACGUCCACCUCACUAGCUGAAGUGUGGCCAUCUCAAGGGGCAAUUGAGUUUCGAGAUUUCAGCACUCGCUACCGACCUAAUCUUGAUCUGGUUCUCAAAUCAAUUAACUUCAUCGUCCUGCCUGGAGAGCGAGUGGGCGUAGUUGGGCGCACUGGUGCCGGAAAGUCCUCUCUCACACUGGCUUUAUUUAGAAUUCUUGAGCGGGCAAGUGGCAAAAUUAUCGUCGACGGGCGAGAUAUAGCCGACUUGGGUCUGCACAGCAUACGCUCCCGCAUGACCAUCAUUCCGCAAGACCCAGUCCUGUUCACGGGAACACUUCGACUUAAUAUUGAUCCGUUCGGCAAGCACUCCGAUGAGGAGCUGUGGUCUGCCCUGGAGCUAGUUAAUUUGCGUCCAUUUGUGCAAUCAUUUGAAGCGGGGCUGAAUCAUACCAUCACCGAAGGGGGCGACAAUCUGUCUGUUGGGCAACGUCAACUGUUAUCCUUAGCACGGGCUUUGUUGCGAAAAUCACGCAUUUUAGUGCUGGACGAAGCCACUGCAGCGGUAGACAUGGAAACGGAUGCAAUCAUUCAGCAGACCAUUCGGCAGCACUUCUUUGGCAGCACUAUUCUAACAAUUGCUCACCGAAUUGAAACGAUUUUUGAUUAUGAUCGAAUUUUGCUGAUGCACAACGGAGAAGUGCUUGAGUAUGACUCUCCGGAAAGGCUUAUUGCAACACCUCAUUCACUCUUUCGCUCGCUGGCAAGAGAAGCGGGUUUAGUGUAA